CGAACUGGAACGUGCGUCCGAGAAGAUCACAUCAUGGUCCACGGCACGGGACCGUGGCAUGUUUGUUUUGCUGGUUUAUUUUCUAUACUGUUACUACAUAAUGUGCGUUACAGUUUUGCACAGGACGAGCUACACAUCAACGAUUAUAAUGAUAACGAGUGUGGGGAACGGAUGGUCAAACGUAAAGGGCUAGUGAAGGGUGGAUAUUCUACGCAACCGGGCGACUGGCCGUGGCAUGUGGCGCUCUAUCAUCGGGGCAUCAAUAGUGCUGGGUUUGAGUAUGCAUGUGGUGGAAGCAUUGUGCACCGAUAUAUGGUGGUGACGGCUGCACACUGCGUCACGCUUGCAACCAGCCGUCGAAAAAUUCCGGCUGACAAUAUGCAGCUAAGGUUGGGCCGGUUUAAUCUUAUGAACAAUGAGGAGGAGUAUGCCGAAGAGGUCGAUGUGAUCGAGGCAAUAGUGCAUGAGGGAUAUCGUCCAACAACGUUCGAGAACGAUAUCGCCAUUCUGCGGGUGAAAAUUCCAAUAAUCUUCAAUGAUUACAUUCAACCAGUGUGCCUAUGGAAGCGGGACGAUGGGGUUGUCUUACCGUGGUUUUACAACCAACCGGGUACGGUAGUUGGAUGGGGACUUUCGGAAGAUAAUACGAUAGGCACGACCCUGAAUGAAGCACGCAUGCCGGUGGUCGAUUCGUGGACGUGUUUGGCGAGUGAUCGAGCGUUUUUUGGAAAAUUCAUACAGUCGAAAGCAUUCUGUGCAGGAUACAAAAAUGGAACUGGUGUUUGCAAUGGAGACAGCGGUGGUGGAAUGUUUUUCCACUUUCAAAAUCGUUGGUAUCUCAAGGGAGUGGUUUCAUUUAGCAAUACAAACGAUUAUUCUGGAGUGUGCAAUUUAAAACAAUAUAUCGGAUUUACUGACGCAUCACAGUACAUCGAUUGGGUGUACGAUAAUACACCAAUCAGUGGUAUUGAUGAUCCGAUACUUAGACACCCCAACAUACGACUUAUCAACCAAGGGAGCUGUGGACGGAAUGAGCAUAUGGAGGAGUUAGAUGAGAAUCGCAAACCCAUCUUAAACCAAUAUCCUUGGAUGGCGAUACUGGCAAAUCCGACCACAACAGAGUACGUCCCUUGCAAUGGAGUGUUGCUGAAUCGAAACUACGUUCUCGCAGGCAAUUGUUGGCAAAUAACAGCCGGGGAGGAAGUCAUCGUGACACUCGGCGAUUACGAUACGAGCCGAACAAAGGAUUGCAUAGACGAAGAUAGGAGUUGUGUACCCGCAGUGCAGACGGUUUACGUGAGUCAAAUUAUCCGCAAAGAUGAUCUAGCGCUAGUUCGGCUGGCCGUUCCUGCUGAUAUUGGCGGACGAGAAAACAUUGAGGCAAUCUGUCUCCCGGUGACUCCAGAGCAGCGCGACCGUUUGUACAACCGCUACAUCAUGACGGGCUGGAAGGAGAGUGGAACUGACUCGACAUUCCUACAACGAGCUCUGUUGGACGUAGUACAUACCAAGCAGUGCUGGGCCGAAUACCAAGAAUCUUACCAUGAAUUCAGAGGGUCGGACCAGAUGGACAGUAGAAUUAUUUGCGCUCGGAAUUUGAACAAUCGUUCCCGAUCACCUCAAUGCAAUGAUUAUCAGCCUGGAUCGGCGAUACAGGCAAUAGAUCAAAAGUCUGAUCGAUACUUACUUUACGGUUUACAGGUGGGUAUUGGUUACUGCGAAGUUCCGGAACAGUACAAAGCCAUCAGUAAAUAUUUGCUAUGGAUUUUGGAUAAUAUACAUAUUAGCCAUAACAGCUACAGUAUCAAGAUGAAGUCAGUGUCACUAGUAAUAGGUGCUGUGUUUUUGGCGUUGUGCCUUACCAAUGUGUUUGCCAGCGACGUGGAGGGUAAAGACAGGAAAGAGAAUAGAAAAGUGACCGCAACUUCACAUCAGCCCAAGGGCAUCAAAUCAUUCUAUUCUGGACGCAUUGUUAAUGGGAAGAACGGCGAUAUUGCAUCGUUUCCCUACAUAGUACACCUGCGAGUGAAUAACUUUGGUGCUUGUGGUGCAAGUAUUAUAACGCUCAAGCACGUCUUUACUGCUGCUCAUUGCCUGUAUAAGAAUCAGAAUGCUACCAAGAUCACACUAUAUGGAGGCAGUACAACACAGACCAGAGGUGGGGUCGUGUUUCAGGCCAGCAAAAUCGUUAUCCAUCCAUACUACAACCCAGAAACACAUGAUUAUGAUGCGGCAAUAGUGGAAAUAAAAACUUCCUUCCAAGGAUACGACAAUAUUGCUCCGAUUGCUCUCCAAGAUGCAGAAGUUCCUAGUGAUACUACAUGCUACGCGGCAGGCUGGGGGUUGAAUAACUAUGACAGAAGAACCACUCCUGACAAUCUGCAAUAUGCCACUCUGCAAGUAAUUACACAGCAGCAAUGCUCAGCUGCAUGGGGUAGUUAUGCCACACCACAAGUUAUUUGUGCCCAGCAAAACAAUAACGGUGAUGUAUGCAAAGGCGAUAGUGGAGGACCAUUCGUUUGUAACGGCAAGCUAACGGGUGCAACCUCUUACGGUGGUAUAGGUUGCCGGGGCAGAUUGCCGUCUGCAUUUGCUAAAGUUACUGCUCCAGCCAUUCGCGAAUUUAUUCGUAACACUGCAGGAAUUUAAGUACGAAUAAAACGGAUUUACACUCUGCUAGCUACAAUAAAUUCGCUGUGAUUUCUACAAUAACGUGAUUUCACAAAGCUCAGCAAAACCAACGUUACUAACAAUUCUUGGAUGAGUAGUAUACCAUUCAAAUCAACAUUAACAAACACUAUCAUAUCUGCGCAGCUGGGGUAUAUCUUCGCUCUUUUUAUUGCAAAUAUUUGUUUCAGAACAAUUCAGUUUUUUUGUGAAUACAUACUUGCAUGCCUUUCACUGAUAAACUGCCAUGAAUCUACCACGCAACGUGCCCGCAACGCCUACCAGCCAACUUGACAUAAGUAUCUGUUAAUAUGUUGCUUCAUGCUCCAAACACUAUCCUUUAAUAAAUAUAAUCGACCGGUUUAAUUACUUACAUUACUACGGCAUACUUUUAGACAGCGAGCAACUCCGAUCGAUAGCGAGAAUAUGUAAUAUUUCGCUGUAUCAAAACCACUACAGGAAAGUUCAAUAAAAACCUAACCAUA